AUGGAAGCAGAUACAAACGUAGAAGGAUUUAAAAAAAGCGUAAAAGAGCACGGAGUAAUUUAUUCCGCAUUUAUAGCGGAUGGAGACAGCAGCAUGUAUAGGAAAAUAAUACAGGCCAAUCCGUACCCCGACGUAUUUAUAGAAAAGAUUGAAUGUCGGAAUCAUUCACUGCGCAAUUUAGCAACCAAAAUUAAAGAUAUAGCUAAAACAAAAGGACGUUUAGGAAAAUUAAGACAUGUGAUUGACAGUCGUAUACUUAGAAUUAGAACAGCUGUGACGAAAGCUGUACAAUAUCGUUUGGAAGAGCAGACCAGUAUGCAGGAAAAAAUUGUGUCCUUAAAAUUAGAUCUUAAUAAUGUCAUAAGUCACGUUUUUGGCGAGCAUAAUGAAUGUGCGAAAAUUGGAUACUUCUGCGAUGGAUCGCAGAAAGAAAAUAAAGAAAAUUAUAUUCCACAAUUGAAAAAAUGUGGAUUAUAUGAAAAACUGCAAAAUACAUUGAAAUAUUUAACGUGGAAUGCUAAAAGUUUAUUGCAGAAUAAAGACAGCAAUAGAGUUGAAACUUUUAAAUCUGUAAUAUCAAAAUGUAUUGGUGGAAAAAGAAUUAAUUUCGGUUUAAAAGAAUCAUACCAGACACGUUGUUAUGCUGCUGUUGUCAUAUUUAACACUGGUAAACCAAUAAGUUGCCUAAGCAAUAUUCUUGAAACGAAACCAGGGAAAGUAGCUGUGGAGUUUGAAAAUAAAAAAAGACAUGCACAAAUCGCAUAUGGCACAAAGAAAAGAUCGGUGAUACGGAAAGUAAAAUAA